GAGAAAGAAAGAGGAGGGGUAAGAGAUGAUGAGGAUGUGCACAACUGGAUGCAGCCAAGAGUGCAGCAGUGCCAGUGGGAGGCUAGAAAAAGACCCUGUCUGGAAUGGAGGAGAGCGAUGCAGCACAGCUGCUUUUGUCAGAGUCCCUCCACCUUUCAUCCUCUGCCACCCUGGAUUCUGUGUCAGUAAGGAAGAGCCAGAGCAGUUCUGGGAUGCCGAAGAGACCUGCUGCGUGUGUUCAACUUUGAUAUGAUGCUUAGAGCCGGAGGGGGAGCCACUUUCCAUGUACUGCUGCUGAUUCUGCUUCCGUGGCUGUUCUUGUUUCAACUGUGCCACUCUCUUUGGGUUCCAAAUAUCUCUUCCUAUGCAAAAGCAGAGGACAAACUGUUCAAAUAUCUCUUCCGAAACUACCAGAAAUGGGUUCGCCCUGUGGAGUACCUAAACCAGACCAUCCGCGUGAGGUUUGGGUUGGCUAUUUCCCAGCUGGUUGAUGUGGACGAAAAGAACCAGCUGAUGACAACUAAUGUCUGGAUAAAACAGGAAUGGGUUGAUAUGAAACUGAGAUGGAGCCCUGAAGACUUUCUGGGCAUCACAACCAUCCGGGUUCCAUCAGACAGGAUCUGGCGUCCUGAUGUUGUGCUUUAUGACAACUCAGACGGACGUUUCGAGGGGACUGUCACUAAGGCAGUUGUUAAGUAUGAUGGAACCAUUUCAUGGAAUCCACCAGCCAAUUACAAGUCAGCCUGCACCAUAGAUGUCACCUUCUUCCCCUUUGACCUCCAGAACUGCUCCAUGAAGUUUGGAUCUUGGACCUAUGAUGGCUCACAGGUGGAUGUUCUACUGGACGACUUCCAUGUGGACAAGCAGGAUUAUUUUGACAAUGGUGAAUGGGAGAUAGUGAAAGCCACAGGCAGCCGUGGUCUGAGAACCGAUGGCAGCAGUUCCUAUCCUACCAUCACCUACUUCUUUAUCAUCCGUAGGCUUCCUCUUUUCUACACCCUCUUUCUCAUCAUUCCUUGCAUUGGACUGUCCUUUCUCACUAUCCUCGUCUUCUAUUUACCCUCAAACGGAGGUGAAAAGAUCUCUCUAUGUACCUCCGUGCUGGUGUCACUCACAGUCUUCCUCUUGGUCAUUGAAGAGAUCAUCCCUUCCUCUUCCAAGGCAAUCCCUCUUAUUGGGGAAUACCUGGUCUUCACCAUGAUCUUUGUCACACUCUCAAUCGUCAUCACCGUCUUUGCCAUCAACAUCCACCAUCGCUCCUCAUCCACACAUCAUGGCAUGGCACCGUGGGUGAGAAGGAUUUUCCUACACCGACUGCCAAAGCUGCUGUGCAUGCGCAGCCAUGUGGACCGCUAUGCUUCACCUGGAGAGCCUGAAACAGGAAGAAAUGCGGGACCAGAACAGCUAAAUAUCCCCACACCUGAGCUCAGCCCUCCUCUGUACACCCAUCACAACCUCCAAGCAGCUUUGGAGUCUAUUCGCUAUAUCACCAUGCAUGUGGUUAAAGAAAACCAGGUCAGAGAGGUGGUGCGAGACUGGAAGUUUGCUGCCCAGGUUUUGGAUCGAAUGUUUCUAUGGGCCUUCCUCCUGGUGUCAGUUCUUGGCUCUGCUAUCCUUUUCAUUCCAGUCAUUCACAAAUGGGCCAGCAUCAUCGUCCCUACACAUCCUGGCAGUACUCUCUAGAGGCAUCCGGUUUAUUCCAUUGCUGAUGAAAGAAAAGCACAUUAGCUGUUCUACGACACUAUUUGACAUUUGAAUGACUGAAAGGACCAUUUAACAACAUUCCUUUGCAUUAGAUUUUGGAGCCAGAAAUAAUUCCAACUGGAGAUAAAUACAUGUUGAUUUUAUAACUUUAUUGUACGCUUGUUUCCAGUUUCCAGCUUGACGAGCAACAACAGAAAAAAUCAAUACAGAUACUCCAUGACAAUUUCUACGGUAAAUGAAACCAAAAAACGCAAAAGGGUUUCUAAUUUUAUUUUUAUUUUAUUUGGAGGUCGUCUAAAUUCUAUAUCUUUAGAUAUACAUGUGGUUCCUGUUUGGAAAAUGAUCAUAGAGGAAGAACAUAUCAUUUGAGUAAAACAUGUCCUUUUUUGCUGCUUUUUUUGUUUUUUAUUUUGUUCUUUUUCAGAUUCUUUUCCUACAGAAUAAGUAACCCUUUGGAACUGUAAAGAAAACAUUUUCUUAAGUUAAAACAAGAGCCUUUUUGCAGUUUUCUUGCAAACAUUCUUGUCAGGAUUUGUAGUUACCAGCAAUCUGCUUCUUUUCAGAGCAAAUAUCCUGAAUUCCUGUGAUGGGCUGGGUUGCAUUUAAAAUAACAGAGAUGUUUAGACACUGUUCUUGGAUGUUUUGCAUAUAUAAAGAUUUUCUUAUGUU